AUGCCUUUUAACAAGAUGGCAAUGACUCGAGUAUUCUUUUCUUUGGCCGUUCUUGUGGGUUUUCCCGGCCUGAGUGCAGUGCUUGGGAGCUCCGAAGGCCCUGGUAAUGAGCGGCACACACUGGGCACCGCCAUCGACAUGAUAUUUUCGCGGAUUCUGGAAGACACUGCACACGAGUUGAGAAACGGCCGUGAGCUGCAGCGGUGCGGCAGGAUUGGAUUGCGGACUCAGGGAGAAGGGGGUGCCCGCUGCCGCCGCGUGUUGAAGGGGGAGCCUGAGGAGGCCGAAGAGCUGCUGCCGUUUCUACUAGGGGACGAAGACGCGAUGAAGCUGUGGAGAGAUCAUUUUAGGCGCCAUGUGAAUGACCUCGUGAACGAGGCAGCCGAGCACAGCGGUGCAAACACCCCCAUCCACGGCCCAGUCUUGAAGACUCUUGCAGAAGGCGAGUUCUGGAGCAGCCGCCCGGCUGUGAGCAACGCGGCGCUGCGGCAUUUGCGGCUGAAGAUGCAGCGCAUGAAGUUGUCAGCUGCCGAAAAAGGCAACAACCCCGAGCUGGCUGUGAGCUGGGAGGCGGAGGUCUCGCCGAGGUUUAAGUACCACAGUAUCAAGGAUGCGAAGAGGCUGAUGGGGACGUAUCUUAGCUGGUACGAAGAUCCAGAGAAGCCUGCUGUGCCUUUGGGGGACCCGCUUCCAGUGAAGAGAUUUGAACUGCAAACGGGGGAACAAGGGGAGGAGGAGGCAAACUUCGAUGCACGGGAGGCGUUUCCUGACUGCAAAGACAUCAUAGGACAUGUGAGAGACCAGGGAGACUGCGGCUCUUGUUGGGCGUUCGCCAGCACGGAAGCUCUCAACGAUCGGUUCUGUAUCAAGACAAGCGGCAAGCACUCGGAAAUGCUGUCUCCGCAGCACACCACUUCUUGCUGUGACCUGCUCCAUUGCUUGUCUUUUGGGUGCAGCGGGGGGCAGCCCCGCAUGGCUUGGCGGUGGUUUGCAAACGAUGGAGUGGUGACUGGAGGCGACUUCAAUGAGCUGCACAAGGGCAAGACCUGCUGGCCCUACGAAGUGCCUUUCUGUCAGCACCACUCCGACGGGCCUUACCCCCAGUGCGAUGGGCCCCUUCCCAAGGCUCCCAAGUGCAGGAAAGACUGCGAGGAGGUGGAGUACACCACGAAAGUUCAUCCUUUUAAGGACGAUCUGCACUUCGCCUCCACUUCAUACAGUGUAGAGGGCCGCGACCACAUCAAGAAGGAGCUCAAGGAAAACGGAACACUCACAGGAGCCUUCUUAGUCUUCGAAGACUUCCUCAUGUACAAAAAGGGGGUGUAUCAUCACGUCACCGGCAUCCCCAUGGGUGGUCACGCGGUAAAAGUGAUUGGCUAUGGCAGUGAAGAGGGCAGGGACUACUGGCUAGCUGUCAACAGCUGGAACGAGUACUGGGGAGAUAAGGGCACCUUCAAAAUACAGAUGGGGGAGGCUGGCAUUGAUAAGGAGUUUUGCGGAGGCGAGCCAAGAGUACCUACAAACCUAAAUCCUUUCUUGCAACAGUCAGCACAGGAUUUAUGA